UCCAAAUCGACCUCGGUUCGCGACCCUUGGGGUUGGCACUCGCAACCGGUGCUGCGGUCCUUCCCCGGGCAGAAUUUCUCGCAAUAGUUCACUUUCUUCGGGUCGAAUUUCUGGCAAUUUCCCGAAAAUAACAAUACAAAAACAAGGAAUGGAAGCAUUUCGUGUCAUUUUGACAUGUUCAAGUCAUUUUUCCUCACUUUGAUGGUGUGUCUCUUCGCAAAUGGGGAAAAAUUCAACCCGAAGAAGGUGAAAUUCUGUAAAAUUUACUGCGGGAGUGACCGACACAGCGCCUGCGAGUGUUCGUCACGCGAUGGACGGCAGGAAUUCGAAUUGGAUAAAAUUGUGAAAUUUCGGGAAUUCGUCGUUAGUGAACAUAACAAAUACAGGGAUUUUUUGGCUUCUGGGAAUGAGACUCGUGGUGGGGCCUCGUCAGCCGCCGAUAUGAUGGUACUUAGUUAUAGUUUAGAGCUUGAAUUUAUGGUCAGAUGUUGGGGCAGAAGUCGCUUUCAUGGUUAUUAUGACAGUUGCAGGAAAAUGUCAAAUGGGAGAAAUGCUGCGCAAAAUAUCGCAGGAAGUGCCACGCAGGACUAUGCUUUCGAAUUGGUGGAAGAGCAAAUCGACAGAUGGUACGGACAAAUCAAAGACAUGACAGCUGACAUUUUCGACUCAUUCAGACUCCGUAAAGACGAAGGGAUCAAAAUCAACCAUUUUACAGCAAUGGUUUGGGGCCAAGCUAACGUAAUUGGUUGUGCCCGAAUUUUUACACAAGAUACGAUAAAAGCCGGUUUUAUCGAUCCGACUUUUCACCAAUCUUUAAUUUGUGAUUAUGGAAUUACAAUUCUCGAAAAAGACACCAGUAUAAAAGGCGUUAAUGUGAAGGGAAGACCGGUUUAUACCAAAGGGAAACCUUGCUCAAAAUGUCCCGAAAAUUUCAAAUGUAACUUGAACUACACUUCGCUGUGUGGGACAAGUGUGGUGCCCAAUGACACCCCCUAUGACUUUAAUGAUUUAAACUCAGCGAUAUGUGUGAAAAAUGCAACAAUUCUGGUUUUAAUGUCUGUACUUUGCUUUUAUUUUAAAUAAAUGGUU